CGAGUCAAAAUCGGCUAGAUAACUUUGUCUUGUCCGAGAUAAAUAUGUCUUGUUUUUAUAAUUAUUUAAUAAGUUGCACGCAUACUGUAAGGAUUUUUACCUAUAAGCAUUUAAAAGGUAAUAUCCCUCGAUAUCCUGGUAAUUCACAAAACCCUCUAAAUGUCAUCUCCGGACGCCAAAUGUGUAGCCUAAUUUAUGAACUCCAAUUUUUAACAAAGUUAUAUCUCUGUGGUGCGGAGCGCUUGCGUCACGCGAGCCUGCUACCGCAAUUAAAAUGCUUAGACAUGUCGGUUCGUUAAAUUAUACUUUCGGAAUUGAACAAAAUAAAAAUAUCUAUUAUAUCAAUUUAUUUUUGUUAAUUAGUGAAUUAUUUUAAGCCUACUAGAAGGUCAGAAUUAUCAAUCUUUAUUUUUUGGAAGUUGGAUUUAUCCAGCUAAAUUAUCACAAAGAUUCACUCCCCCUCAAGACAGUGUCUUAGAUGUCCCUUAAUCCCACGAGAUGUCCCUUAAUCCCAUGUCCCUUAAUCCCACGAGACGCAUUGCCAGGGCCCGAUCCUUAAUUAAAAUAAGUACCUCUAGUCCUCUAUCCCUCUAUCCGCCUUAAUGUAUCAAAAUCAACUGAUAUCUACCUUGAUCGCUCGAUUCUCUUUAAAAACUCUUAAUCCUUCAUAAUUUCCACAAAUUCCUCGAUAUCCCUGUUGAUCCCUACAGAUUACCCAGCGUCCCUUAAUCCCGCGAGACGCAUUGCCACCAUUCUUAUAAAUAAAAAUACCUCUAGUC